UUAUCUUUCUUUUUAGAAGAAUAUUUACACUUUAGAACAGUAUGAAAGAUUGGAAUAAACAUAUUUAAGUAAAUAGUGUUACAAAUAAUAUGACUAUUAUUGAUUGAAAUGUAUAUUAAUAGAUGUUUAAUCAAUGUAAUUGUUAUAACACUGUUAAGUGUAAAUGCUCAAAAUGAAUUGAAUCAAAUUGAUGCACCUACUAUUAUUGAUAGUUUAACAUUCCCAUUAAUAAUAGAUGAUUUAGAUGUAGAAAAUGAACAAUUAAAGUUUCCUAUGAAAGAACAUCAAAUAACACCAAAAAAUGAAUAUCAUACAGAACCAAUUUCUGUCAAAAGAAGAGAUUCCAAUCAAUCAAUUUAUAAAUCUAAACAAUUUGACAAAUCAACUGUUGGAAAUGAAUUGAAUUAUUCAGUUUUUGAUGUUGGUGAAUCAUUAUGUCCAGAUGUUUAUUGUUUUGCAAAACGUUUAUCUCCUUCAGAUGAAUUAACAUUUGAUUGUAAAAGUCAAUCGUUUGAAGUAACUAAUGAAGACACAAUGAUUGAUUGCCAUUAUUGGCAUGUACCAUCACCAGGUGCAGAUUCUAAUCAACAGCAUCAAUCUAAACAACAUGGAAAAGGGUAUGAUUUACGCAUUGUGUUAAAACCAUCUACAGUAAGCGCUGAUGAUUUAUCUUCAAAGUCAAAUAGUGCUUCAAGAUUACGAAUUAGUCAUUUAAAACCAGGAGUAUUAAAUUGGAUUAUUGAAACAGUUCGACUAAGUUUGAAAAUGCCUUUAAGUCCUGUUCAUUUGACAAUUUCAUUUAUUUAUUUCAAACGUCUUGGACGAGAUGAUUUAGGCAAUCUAGCAACAAAGUCACGUGUGACACACUUAAGUUUAUGGAACCCUUUCAAUUGGGAUGAAGAUAGUUUCAUACCUAUUACAAAUAAAACAUCAAAUAAUGCAGGUUAUUCGGUUGAAAGUCCGUCUUAUUUUCGUCUUUCUUUGUUUUGUGAUUAUGAAAAUCAAAACCCUUCGUUUAGACGUUUAUGGUUCCCAUGGAAAAGUUGGCAACUACGUCUUACGCACUGUCCCGAUCUCUAUAUUUGUUGGCAAUGGUACAGUAAAUAUCCUAUUUGUGAUGUAAAACAAUCGAUUAAUAACCCUGAGAAACUGUUGAAGUCAUUUAUGCCAUCUUAUUUGAUCUCACCUAAGUCAUUAAUCAAUUCACACCAGUCAAUAAAACAAGAGACUGGUAUGCAAAUAUUAUAUGAUAACCAAUGUUUACGCAAUCCCAAUCAAACAAAUCUUAUUAGAGAUUUGAAAAUAAACUAUCCUGGUCAAUGUUUACAAUCAGAUAAUGAUAAACCAAUAAGAGAUAUUCAUGUAAGUAAGACUACUUUACAACAGACAAUAGAAAUACAAAAUACAACUCAUUCAAUGAAUAUAAUACCUACAACUAUGAACACAACAACAACAACAACAACAGUAAAUAAUAUUCCUAGAACGUCGUUAACGACUACAACUAUUACCACACCAUUAAUGACGACAUCUAUACGUUCCACUAUUACUUCACUAUCUACGACUUCUACUUCUACUACUUCUACCACAACUACUACUACUUCUACUACUUCUACCACUACUAUUCCUCCUAAGGAAAAUCAAACAGAUUUCAUGAUAAAAUUAAACAAAACUACAAAUCUCUUAAAAUCAAUAUUAAAAAUAAAUACUACAAAAAUGUAUCCAAUUGAUAAUUCAAUGAAUCAAUCAAUUAUUUGGUCACCUAAACAUGAAGAUAUUACAUUUAUAGAUCAAAAAUCAAAUUUUAAUAAAACAAUGUCGAUUAUAUUAAAUCAAAAUAAAAAUGAUCUAUCAACUGAAUAUUUAACAAAUGGAUUAAUUUUAUUAGCUAUAUUAAAUAUUAUAUUAAUUAUUUGUUUUAUUAUAUUAAUAUUAUGGAUUCGAAAAAGAAUACAAAAAAAUUCAAAAAAUAAAUUUAUCAAUUCACAUGAUUUUUAUCAAGAUAAUUAUUAUACAAGAAUCAAUAUGAUUGGUAGUCAUAGUAACUAUACACCAAAUAAUCAUUAUCCAUUAUUAAUAUCAAAUAAAUCUGGUUCAUAUUUAUUUGAAUCACAAUUUAAAUUAAAUCAACGUCAUCAUUCAUUUCCUAAUAAUUCUUUAUUAAAUUCAAAAGAUUUUAAUACAUUUUUACCAAUAUCUACUUAUAAAACUACUUAUAAUAGAUAUAAUAAUAAUAAUAAUCAUAGUGAACAAUGUUUAUUAGGUCGAUCAAUAUCGUAUUCAAGUAGUAUGUGGAAUGGAUCUUUAAAGAAUGGCUUAAACAAUAAUAAUAAUAAUAAUAAUAAUAAUGGUAAUGGUUGUCAUAAUAAAAGAGUACCGUUAGCUAAUAGAUUGAAUAUACAAAAUAGUAAACAUCAUUUAAAUAAUUCAUUAAAUGGUCUUUCAAAUCAAUCAAUACAACAACAAAUAUCAUUAACACCAUAUAUCAAUCGAAAAAAUUCUCAAUUAAUCAAUCUUUCAUUACCAUAUCAUUAUAAAGAAAUAAAGAAAUAUUCUUCACAAACAUAUAUUCCACCAUACAUUUCAUCAUUAUCAUCAUCUUCAUCAACUGUUGAGAAUAUAACAGAAAAAAAUAAUGAAGAAAAAGAAAAAGAAUAUAAAUAUAUUUCUAAUUCAAGAAAUCGUCUUACUAAUGGACAAUUAUCAUUAACACCAUUAAAUAAAAUAAAAAAAUCACCAGUUAUUAAUAAUCGUAAACAUAAAAGAAAAUUAAGGAAUGGUAGACCACCAUUAGCUUGUUCUGUCAGAAAACCGCAUACAUUAAUUAUUGAAGAUAAUAAUCAAUGGACAGAAAAUUUUAAAACUUCAUUACAUGAAUUAUAA